UAUAGUCAUUGAAUUAGUGCACCACAGAAUUAUGCAGCAAUAAUUUGGCAUCUAGUAGCUGUUGUCGAUUAUCUCUCUUGAACAUCUUUUCCUACAUUUCCACUUCUUGUAUCGUGUGGCUCCUCCGCGAAAGAAUGAGGGAAAGUAAUCGGCGAGGCCCCUGCUUAGGCCUCUGCUUCAUGUACGCGCCGUGCGUACCUUACAUUGCCUUACGCACUGCCAGAGUGCAUGAGCACAAUAUCACUUCGAGGUGUUCUGUGGCCGAACAUCUGAAUAUCAAAUGCUAGUAGAGUCGAGACCACGCACAGUGGUCGAAGAGGUGGCCGGCCAAAAGCGCGUCGCGACACCUAUGAACUGUAUGACUAAGCUGGAACGGUGUGUGCCUUGAGCGAGGGUGCAUAACGCCGUGGUCCUGUGCUUGUAGUGUGUUGCAAUUUGGCGUUGCACGAAUUUAUCACUACCGGAGUGUGCUACGAUGCCGUCGUUGGCUCUGUAUGAAGCGUGGCUCCAGUAGACGGGGCAUACCGAUGCAUUUGCUAGAUCGGUAUCGGCAAGCGUUCUGUGAGCCCGUGAAUGUGGAGUUUUCGGUUUCGGAGAGUCAGCCAGCCGACAUUUGCGUUAGGCCUAGUUGGCUGCUAUGCAGACUGACAGAAGCGAGAAGUUAUUGCUUCGCCGAGGGAGCUGCCGGACGCGAAUCGUAAUGGAAAAAGCUGACAGGCAGCAGUGCAAACAUGGCCCUAGCCUGUGGGCAGCUGCCAGCUGAGGGCCCGGAAACGCCAGUGUUUUCAUGGUGGUGCAGUGCAGCAUGGAGGAAGUGCGCGUGUGCCCCGUGGCGCCCCCUCCCCCUUUGGGGGCUGCCCCCCAGGAUGACGGGGACGACCCAGAGGUCAUGCAGGUGACUGGUGAAGGGCUGGCAGUGCACCUGCGACCCAAGAAGCAGCGGGUGAAUGGGGCCAGCCAGCCAGGGGUCACAUGGGGGGACAACACGGAGGAGCGCGAGCGACCCAUGUCCUGGGAGGGUGAGCUCUCGGAUGAGGAUGAGGAGGACGACAGUGGUGACCAGACUGUACAACAGCCACCAGCUGCAGCAGCUUCAGGGGUAGUAAUUGUGCGACCAGGAAACAGCCCAAUGCUGGUGGAGAGGGAGGAUGGGACCACCUCGCCUAUCAGUCUGACUGUAUCUUCAGGCCCAGACUCUAAGGGCAAUGGCACAAGCGACAAGUGCAUUUCUCGUGUGAACCUGCCAGACAAGAGCUCUUCCAACCAUGUGAUCACAUACGUGGCACCUGUCUCGCCUGCACCGUCCACACCUUACGGCAGUGUCACACCGACAGUUGUCCCUGCUUUCCCUGAGCGGCAGCAACACACCCACAACAGCUCCUUUGGGGAAGGACGACUGGGUGGCGGUGGUGCUUUCCAGCCACCACCCUUUGGAGAGAGCCCACGCCCCACCAGCUCUUCGAGUUCACGGUCAUCGUACUCGCCUAGCCAGAGCCCACUACUUGGGGGCAGCAGAGGGCCCCUGGGACUGCCUCCACGUCACGGGGCUGCCUCCUCUGAUGGCUCCCUCUAUUCACCCACAAGCAGCCCUCUGCAGGGCCGCCAUGUCUCGUUGGUAGAAGCAGUCUACUCUCCCUCUCAGAGUCCAAGCCAAAGCCGGCAUCGAUUGGCUGAUGGCCUCUCCCCCACAGCAGCUCACUUGCGCAAUCUUUCAGUGUCCCGUACAAGCACUAGCGCAGUGCCAUACACACCAGCAAGCUCAGAGCCUCCUUACCCUUACCUUGUGGUUCAGCCUACACCUGACACUCGAUCAACAGCUUCCAGUGCCUCAGUGGCAUCAAGUGCAUCAGACGAGUCGAAUGCAUCCGACCUGUCCAGCCCAACUCGGCGCCCCUCAGCUGAAGGUGCCGGAAGUGACCCGCUGGGGGCCCUAGGGGAAGCCCCUGGUGGUGUUUCACGACAGCAGCUGCUCAGUGGACCGUGCCCUAUUUGUGGGGAUCGUAUCUCUGGCUUCCACUAUGGUAUCUUUUCCUGUGAGAGCUGCAAGGGCUUCUUCAAACGCACAGUGCAGAACAAGAAGCACUACGUCUGCCUCCGAGGAGCUGCCUGCCCUGUUGCUGUGGCCACACGGAAGAAGUGUCCUGCCUGCCGUUUCGACAAAUGUCUUAGGACAGGCAUGAAACUUGAAGCCAUUCGUGAGGACAGGACUCGGGGUGGACGAAGCACGUACCAGUGCUCAUACUCUUUGCCAUCACAGCUUGUUGGCAGCGAUUCUCGUCUUACCUCAGAAUCUGGUGACUUGCCCGUGGAACCCAUACCCCUGUUGCAAAAAGAAUCACGCAGUUUGUCAUCAGGGUCUCCAUUGGAAGGUUCCCCGCAGCCUUUUGUGGGUCAGCAGCAGCCACCUGUGGUACCAUCUCUCGUGCAGGAGAUUGUCUCUGUUGAGCACCUCUGGCACUAUACUGACCGAGAGAUAAGUCGGUUGUCUGAGCAGUUUGGCAACAAGGUGUCUGCUACUGGAGCCACAGCACUGGAUGCGGGAGGCCCUGAUUCCCCUGGUACCUUGGGAGCAGAUGGAGGCCCAAGCUUGUUGAGCAGCCUUUGCAACAUUGCUGACCAUCGUCUCUACAAGAUUGUCAAAUGGUGCAAGAGCCUGCCUCUAUUCAGGGAGAUCCAGGUGGAUGACCAAAUAGCUUUGCUGAUCAACUCCUGGUGUGAGCUGCUUCUGCUGAGUUGCUGCUACCGGUCAACUGGCACACCUAAUGAGAUCAGAGUGUCCAUGGGCAAGUCGGUGACCCUAGGCCAGGCACGGCACCUAGGCAUGGGUCCUGUCAUCGAGCGAAUGCUGGGCCUCACGGACCUCCUGCGGCGCCUCCAGGUUGACCAGCGCGAGUUUGUCUGCCUCAAGGUCAUCAUCCUGCUAACCUCAGAUGCCAGUGGCUUGAAAGAGCCCGAAAAAGUUCGCGCUUGCAAGAAACAAGUGCUGGAGGCCCUGCAGGCAUACACCAUAUCUCACUACCCAUCACAGCCAUCCAAGUUUGGUGAGCUGCUACUCUGUGUGCCCGAGCUCGAGCGUGCCUGCCAGGUGAGCAAAGAGUCUCUGGCAGCAUCGCGGCGCAUUGCCUCUUCUGGGGGUGCGUCAUCUUCGUCUGCACCUAUGGCUGACCCGCAGGCCCCUAGCUUCAACCUUCUCUUUGAACUCUUGCGGGGUGACCACUGAGUGCCACAGCCCACUGGGUGCUCUUCUUUGUGCACCUGUACAUAGUGCCCUUUGGUGGAUGUGCAGAGACCAAGGAAAGUUAGAGCAUGGGACAGGCGGACGGUGUUUUUUACUCCCCCCAUGUGAUGUGUUGUGCUCUUCUUCCGUGAAUAUAGGACAUUUCCAUGGCAGGUGAGGUGAUAUCUGCCUUCUAGAUUUCUUUCAUCAUUUGAUUGUACUGCUGCGAAAGUGGUGUGCCGUGUCCCCGCCUUGCUGCAUUUUACUAUUUCUUGCCCGUUUUCUCUGACACUGUCCUGCUUUUCUUUGUGCUGGUCGUCUUUCCUAGUCUUCCCCUACUGCUGUGCCCUUCUUUGCUAGCCAUUAGCUGCAAACGAAGCCUUGGGAAGCGAGGCGUUUUUACUCUUCCUCUGUGAAGGCUUAUCCACUCGGUUUAAUCAUCAGUUUUCCCAUUCGUCCUGUCAUCACCGUUCUGUUUUUGCUUAUUCUCCGUCACUUCAAAAUGAAGAGAUUCUAGGCAAAAACUACUACACGUUGCAACAUUACUAUACUAGAGAACCCAUCUAUAUAUAUUUUUUUUUUUUUCUUAGCUUGUUCUUACUUAAUUACUUUUUCAGCAGGCUGUUGCAGCUUUUUUUUUUUUUUUUUGUUAAAAAGAGCAUCCAUUUAUCUCGCACUUUGGCUCACGAUCGAUAGAUCUUGGCUUUUAUCAUUUGAAGUCGAGCUAAAUUUCACAGGUGUGUAGCCGGUGGCCACGGUGGACUCGCUUCUAUUUACAAAUUGUGUUGUUGUGCCUUGUUUACUUUAAUGCAGUGUCCAAGAUUACCGCUAAAUGGCAAUGGCAGCUUUCCUUCCUUCCUUUUUAAAGCAAAUAGAUUGUGCCAGUGAGAGACAGCGUCGAUUCUUUGAUCGUUGUAAUGCAACAGUUGUUGUUUUCUCAGGAUCACUUUAACACUCUUACAGAUAUUCUUUUUUAGUUAUUCAAAAUCAAGAGGAUGAGGACAUCGUUCCCCAUUGUCAUUUCAUUUUAAGGUCCCAGUUUGCUGGAAGGUUCUCUAGUAUUUCCUGGUUAACUGGCUGUGUUAGUACAACAAAUUUGCAUUUUGAGCAGGCUUGAACAAGUGCUAGCCAUAUUGUCUUAUAAAGAUAGAUUAAAUAUGUAUAUGCAAGGCAAACCACCAAUAGCUCAGCUUUACACUGGGACCUCUCCUUGUGCAUAGUACAUUAGUAGUACAGUAGUACAUUUGGUUGAAUGGAUUCUAUUCUUACAGAGGCAUAUACUUAGUGCAUUGAUUUUUUCAUAUGGUAGGAAAAAAACUAUAUAUAUAUAUUCAUGGUACUUCUUUUUCUCCUUUGCUUUAAUCCUUGGGAGUGCACAUCUCAUUGGAAAUAGCUGAACCCUUUUUGACAUAUCCUAGUAUAGCUCUAGUUUACUGGCACUCAGCAAAAGAAAGUUUUUAUAUGUUUUAUUUCUGCUUACAAUUUUAUUAAGUUAUAUCGAAUUCUUUUUGAAUGGGCUGUCUUUUGCCACUGUCAAAAUAGUGCUGCAGCAUUGUUGCUUUUUCUCUGAUUUAGUUCUCAUGAUGCAAAGUGCAUGGUGAACCAGGCUUUUAUAUCUUUGCCAUUGCUUGCCAUAUAAAGAAUAGUCGACUCAGACAGUGCUGCAUUGUAUGCACAGAAAAGUGAGAAAGGCACUUAUGCAAGAGCUUCUGCUUGUGGGUGUCUCUACAUGCUUGCAUUUUUUUUUUUUUUUCGUUAUAGAAAAUGCUCAUGUAUAGGAUGCCGUACAUCAUCAGCUUGUGCCAAAACAAACCCUGCAUUCAUAUCCCUGCUUGUCUUUUAAGGUUGCACUAUUAUUACUCAUUUCCAGCAAAACUUAUCCUCUCUUGUCGAUAUUUCUUCAAUAAUUGCUCACGGCUGUUCUUGCUCUGUUCUGAACUUUGCAUGCUGCUGUGAUUGAGGCUUGCCACUUUUGUAUGAAGGCAUGUGCACGAGUUUGAGCAUUGCUUACACGACCCAUUGGCUAAGCAAUAUUUGUAGUAGGCAAAGAAUGCUCCUGCACAUUUGAAUUGAAUUCAAAUGCACCUGCAGGAUUCGCUUCUGCUGCUUUACUCAUUUCUUUUACCACUUUCCUUCCUUCUUGUUUGCAUUGCACAAGAAGCAAGGAGGCUUUUAUGUGAAUUUACACCAAUGAUUUGAAGGUAGCAGAAAGUGGGAGUUCUAGGCACAGCUGUUUCGGUCAGCUCUUUCGUCCACUUUCCCCAUGCUUGAACAGUCUUUUUAGGGCAAGAUUUCCAGCUUGUCGUACUUCCAAUUGCAUCAUCGCUUUAAAACUGCUUCUGUUGUUUAAUAGUACUCUCGCCUUUUCUGUCAUGUUUAUGCCUCAGUGUCCAUUAGUCGUGUAUGUGCUACAUUUUCUAACCCUUUUGGCCUGAAACUUUGCUCCUUCAGUGUCCUCUGUGCCUGUAAAAGCGGUCUCGCACAGCCGCAAGCCAAAACUCCUGCUGUAUUUAUUGUACAUAGAAAUGUAGAGAGGAGUCAGAAGUUAGUCAAGUGCUGCUGCUGCUUGACUUUUAGUGUUUAAAGGUUCUUUUUUAUGUUAGUUUUGACUGCAUUUUUAUUAAGCCUCGUGUUUAGCUGUACAGCAAAGGUGAGGAGGAGUGUAAAAUUUUUUUCUUUUCGAGAACAACACUCAAUCUAUGCAGACACUGAAACACAAUUUCAUUAUCUGGCAUCAUCGAUCAUCCAUGUUUUUAAGAGCUAUUGUCUCUCACUCCCGUUUUCUUAUUCCUUUCUUAUGGUCCCACUUCACAGGAAUCAUCUAAACACUCAUUACUGCAUAAUGUGCUGUCCUUGUGUUGUUGUCAGGGACCAAAGUGACUGUGAACCAGUUCUUUUGCAAUUUCUAAUGAUACUUCUCGAUGCCGCAAGCAACGUCCUUGUCCAUGUGGGUUCAGAGUGUUUGUAGCUUAAAAGAAAAUGUGCCUCUGUCUUUUUUCUUGCCGAGUCUAAAGAAAACAGCACAUUUACAGCAGUUCCAGACACUCGUUCUAUUUUCUGCUGAGGAAGAGAGUAUCAUUCGAGGAUUGUCUUCAACAAGAAUAUUUUGUGCAGGUUUUAAAUAGUAAAAUUUGCCACUUGAACUUGUUUCUUCUUGGCUGUUGUGAGGCAUUCUUGAUGAUGCAUGGUGUGGUUUCUCGUUCAGGUGCUUCUCUAGAGUGUAGUCUCAUAGCGUUGCUCUCCAAAGAAGCAUCUCUGUGUAGACCAUUGCCGUUUGAUCUUAGCUUUUUACAUUAUUUUAGACAUUGCUUUUGCAACAUUGAGUACCAGAAAGGCACACACUGAAUAGAAUUUGUAGGAAUGCAUGUAAUAGUUCAAAUGUAGUGUAAUCACACUGGCCACAAAAGAGCUGAGCUAUCAUGAUGCAGAGCAUAGAGAAGUCAUAGUAAGACCUUAUACAUUAUUCUGCCUUUGGUGCCUCUAGAGCAAGAGUGUUACCAUUUUUACAUUCCCAUUAUGUGUAGUUUCAUUUAAAAUGGAAUUGUGCAGCUUUUAUACAGGAAAUAUGGUUUUAGCCUUAUGCCAAAUGACAUACGUAGAACUCCCAAUAAUGUUGGAACACAGCCACUGCAUUGAUAUAUUUACGUGGUGACCCCCUUUAUUUCUGUGCUUUGGGAGAAGGGCACAACAUUUAACCUGUGAAAAAAAAAAAGGAGGAAAGUAUGCAUUAUUCACAGUGCCUCUCAGCCAAAACUUUGUAAAUGAUUCUGCUGUGAGUCACAUUUGUCAGACUUUAGCUUACAGUGCAGUCACUCUUGUAAUUUGAAAUGUUGCGUGUUUACAAGGAAGACUAUUUUGUGUGUGUGCUUGUACUUUAGUGCUUUGUUAAAACAAAACCUUACCGGUGAACUGUGCCAGUGGUGAUAUAGCUUCCAAGAAGUCCUCUUGAGUGAGUUGCUGACUGUUGAUUGCCUCAUGUGCUGCCAGACUAAAUGCUGUCUUGGGGUGUAAUUAUUGUUUGUGCAUGUUUGCUUGAAUGUCAUCUUGUGUUUCCAUCACCAUGUUUUCUACAAGGGCAGCUCGGCUUGUGAUCUUUUCAAUUGCAAAUAUGUGUUACAUGUCAGUCUCACUGGUACUAUACUGCCUUGAUGACCUUGGUUGUGGAGUAGCUUGAUCAAACAUUUUUCUUACAGUGUCUCUCAGCUGUUCUGUGUGUAUGUCCUAAAGUGGGAUUGACUUAAAAAAGAAGAAAAAGCGACCAGGAGCAAUGCUGCCCAUUGGUUAAGCUGUCUCCUGUGUUUUGCUGUUUCUUAGGACGCAGCUUUUAUAGAAGUCGUGGUGUAAAUUUGUGUUAUUAAGGCAGUUUGCAGAAAUUGUGUUUGUUACAAACAACAGAAUGUGUUUAACUGCAAGCUGACAACUAAAAGUUAACUACUGCACCUGUUUGCUUAUCUGGGGCCUUGAUUCACCGGCACCUGCCAACCAAAUGUCAAGUGUGGUGCUUACGAAGUUAUGCGUUGCACCUUUGCCACCUUGCCUUGACAGUUUUGCACAGAGGCGUGAGGUGACUGCCAUAAUAGCAGUCUCACACACAUUAAGUGCUCAUUAUAAGGUAGGUUACACUGAAAAAAAAGAUGUAAAGCUGCUGUUCUUGCUUUUGUGCAAAAUGAAAUGUGCUGUUUCUUUUUAACUGCUUAACUAUACAAAUUGCCUCUUAUCUAAGUAAAACCUCAUUAAUACAUACCCACUUAAAACAUACUAAUGCUUAAGAUAUGCUAGAAAUUCCGGACCCACUCUCCUCCAUGGAGCCUAACAUGUAGGCUGAUCACUUAAGCCAUAGUAGCUUGUCAUAUGCCUACCAGUUAGUGCAUCCCACAAUCACUUUUUGUCACGUAGAGGCUAAUUUCACUGCCUUGAUUCACGUGGCUGACGCCAGGCUAUGCCACAGAGUAUCUUUCUCCUUUUUGAAAAGUGCAGAGACCAGUCUUCCAAUGGUUCUGGCUUUAGCAAGGUGAUGCAUAUACAGAUAAGCAUUGGAAAUGCUCGGAGGCAUGGUGGCAGCCUUACCAAAGAAUAUCCACAGACGAGUGCACAUUUAUGAUCUAUCGUGAUAAGAAUCUUCACUUAUCUGCUUGGCAGCGCAUGUGGCAUAGUGUAUAGUGUCAUUGGAAGUGUACUGCAUGCUUGUAAUAGAUAACACAAACGCACUGCUGUUCUCUGCCUUGUUGGCAUGACAGACUACAUGCCAAACUCUUGCACUGUGUGCUGACCCAGGAGCGGUGCGGGCCAGAAGACAGUUCACUGCACAGAUACUCACAUGAAACACAGCUGCAGUGUUCUGGCAAACACAUGCAUGCAGCACUCGUCCUGGCAGGAUGGCUUGCACUUUGUAGGCAUUGCACUGCACACAAAUUGCACAGGAUGAUUGGCACAACUAGGCAUUGGGUACCAUGCUUCAAAGAAGCGGCACCAGUUCACACUGUACAGAAUGUUGUACAAACUCGUGCAUGCAUACAUUGGGGAAAGCUCAACAAGCCGAUACACCGUCCUCUCUGCCUCUUUGCUUCCUACUGUAGUUUCAGUGCUACUUCAUAUUGCAUGUCCUCUAUCAUGCCAUUGUGCAAAAUAGCCAGAAUUCCUUUGCACCAGUUUGGAAAAAGAAAGCAAAGAUGGCUCGAUAGAUAGACAGAAACUUCAUAGUGUGUAUUUUGGGCAACAUAUACUGUGGUGUCACGUUUCUUUCUUUGUUGGCAGCAGCACAUGUAAAGAGACGCAAAUUUACACUUGCUGUUUAGUGCAUACUACCAUUUAAUGCGUAGUUGUUCCACAUUCUUGCUGCUCCGCAUUUCGAUGGGGGCGAAAUGCGAAAACACCCGUGUACUUAGAUUUAGGUGCACGUUAAAGAACCCCAGGUGGUCGAAAUUUCCGGAGUCCUCCACUACGGCGUGCCUCAUAAUCAGAAAGUGGUUUUGGCACGUAAAACCCCAUAAUCUAUCUAACAUUCUUGCUAGGUACGUAUUAAUGAGGUUCUACUGGCAGGACACAAAUCUGGACAUUCAAAUGAUAAGGUCACUACACUAACAGCCCUAAUUAAAAAUAUUUUGGGCACCUAUAAAGACACCUUAUAUAAUUCAUUCUGCUAUUACUGUUAUUAGUAGUAGUGGUAGUAGUGAUUAAUGCUUGCUACUACAUCCUACACACUUCAUAAUCUUAUGAUAAAGCAUUGGAAGGCCUGAUGAGGUCGUGCUCUUAUUGGAUUAGGAGCUUUCUGUGUUAUUAAACGUGUUUACUAAUUUGUCUUGCAUAAGAAUACAAGCAGCCAUGUCUGCUAUGCAGUUUCACUUUCGGCUCUGUGCAAAGUUACUGGAGAAGGCUUGGUGCAGGUGCAAGACAAUGCCUUAUGUGCCACAAUGUGGAGCUGUGAAGAAACCAUACUGGCCAGAGUAACAGUAUUACAAUUGUGGUAGCCAAACUUGCUUGGCCCCAUUGCAAUCGAGCAUAGGUAGGUGGAACACAACUACAGGAGAGUGCAACAUAUUUUUUUUAAAUGUGCAUGAAAUGAGACCAGUGACAAAAUAGCAAUGACCCGGUGGAAUUUUUGCUUUUUCUGAAUAUCUUUUAUUGCUCUUACUGCUUUUAAGCCUUUCAAGGGUGCAUCAUAUAUAGUCUUAAAAGCCCUGAUUUGCAAAGAGACUUGUUACUGUGAUGCAGGGAAUGCAAAUUGUGAAUUGGUCUGAAGAACCAAUUAUUCUUUUGUUUUUAGGCAUCUUUUGCUAAAAUUGUUUUUGUUGAUUUUUUGUUUGUUUAGAUUUCUUUUUAAUAAGUAGAGCUGCUGCCUUCAAUGUCAGUGAGACUUUGCUUUCAUGAUAACAAAUGUUAUUGGAUUUUAUGUAAAGGCAUUGGCUAUAAGGCACUGGCUGAACACAAACAUUUAUUAGAUUGAACAGUCAUCACAUUCAUGUUCGAGCAGAUGCCACAGUGACAUGCUACAGUACGGUGCUAGGGAAUCGUGUGAAACGUGGUGCCACGUGUGUGUUAUUAUUCCUCUCCCUCCCCAGUCUUUUUCAUUGUUUUUUUAUCUAUGUAAGUGCUGCGUGUUCAUUCCGAAGAUGUUUAAUGAAGUGCGCGGUUGACCCAUUUAUUGUGAUAUGCCCUUAGGUUAUAUUAUUUCUUUGUUCAAUGGGGUGUAAUUGCUGGCUGUUUACUUUUCUAACUUAUUGCCUCUCUAUAUGUCUGAUGUUAAAUUUGUGCAGAGUCUUUUUCUGGCCCAGUGUCCAUCUAGAAAGAAACGAACACAAUCCCAUUCUUGUCACUUGGAACUGUGAAUCUCAGUGGCUGUUACUUUUUUUAAUAACUCUUAUUAUUGUCACCUUCUUUGCAUAAGAAGCACAUGUGCUGACACUUUUGAAGUGUAAAGUGUAAGCUGUUUGAAUAAUGCAAGAAAAAUGCACUGGCAUUGAUAUGCUCUAAUGAGGAUAUGCAGAAAGUCGCACCAUUUUUUCUAACUUUCUACUAUGGCAGCAGUAUUUCAACAAUACCCAUUACUGACUACACAGUUAUUCUCUCCCCCUCCCCUCUCCUUCAGAACUUCAGUGGACAUGCGCAAGUUUGCAUAUUGUGUGUGUAGAAAGCAGGUCUUGAUACGGGAGCACGGUUUCAUCAAGGUCCUAAUAGGAGUAAUGCCCAUGGCCUAAUGCGAUGGCCUUUGUGCUGGUGCACAAAAUAUUUUUAGAUGCCAGUGAACUACUAUUUAGCUAUGCACUUUUGUACCCAAUGUAACCUUGUCUUCUUUGGGACAUUUUACAGGUGCAGUUGCCGAGUUUUGCUUGGCGCAGUAUACCCGAUAAAAAGAAAAGAUUUUGAAAAUUGCUGCAUUCAAAAUGGAGCAUCUCCAAUAUAUUUUUGUGCGCACUUUCAGGAUGCCCUGAAACGAUGCGUACAGACAGUGCAUUUCAUUUUGAUGAGGCACCUUUUUGCAUAUCCUCUGUCUUUCAUCUGCCUUUUCUUUUUUGCCAAGUUUGCAAAUCUUUGUGUGUGGUUGUGGUGCACUAUGCAGCUUAUUCCCCCAUUCUUCCUUCUGUGCACAAGUGCAUGUAAAUGAGGAGUGCGUAUCAGAAAUCAAAAAUCUUCUCGCACACACUUCUGUAUCCCGUCCUGCCAUUCUUGACCAGCCCUGUUGUUUUCUUCAUAUCAUUGAAACAUCCCUUCGUCUUUUUAAUCUGUAUAUAUGAAUGACAUACCGCUGAACCUGUGUUUUUAUGACCAUGGUAACAGCGUGGGGAGAGAGAGAGAGGGAAAAAAAAUGAAGCAAAAGAAUUUAGAAACUGUGUGCCUUUGGCACACUUAUUUUCUGGACUUUUUUAUAGUUUGUAUACUGUGGGGCCUAACCCAAUUUAAUAAAGAUUUGCUUUGCA